AUGGAUUUCGCGACCGAGCAGCUGAAAGGAUUCAUGGAGGAGGGAUCUGUUCCUGAGGCUGGCGGUCUCAGAGAGCAGGUGGCCCAUGCGCUGCAGAUUCCACUGAAUUGGCGGCUGGAGAGGGUGCAGCACAGGUGGUUCAUUGAAGCAUGCAGUGGCGACGACACCGUCAACCCUCUCUUUCUGGAGUUUGCUAAGCUCGACUUGAAUCUGGUUCAGGACAUGUACAAGAGUGAACUCAGAGACCUCUCCAGAUGGUGGUCGGCGCUCGGGCUUGCAGAGAAGCUGCCAUUUUUCAGAGACCGAUUACUUGAAAACUAUCUGUGGGCAUUUGGUUUCACUUAUGAACCAGAAAGUUGGAGAUGCAGAAUGAUCCAAACAAAGUCCAUCUGCUUGAUUACAUUGAUUGAUGAUAUUUACGAUGUCUAUGGAACCUUGGAUGAACUCCAGCUCUUUCACUGA